AUGCAGAUGGGUGUCAGCAGGGUAAUGGAGGGAAACAGAGUGCUAUCCCUGUCCUCUCCACCGGCCCGUGCUGCAUCCUGGAGCCAGGCAGACCGGAGAGAGGCGAGCAGAGGGAGAGGGGAGCAAGAGACGCCCAGGCGCAUGCAGGGGACUGCCGGCUGGGGACUACCACCGUCGCUCAGCGUCCAACUUAUUGGAUUUCCUCUGAAGAUGUUUGUUUCCUUCACUGUCUCACUGAGGGACAGUGCUCCAUUUCUAGUUAUCUCAUCAUUAUUUAUUGAGGGAAAUGCCAAGGAGUCCAAGUGUGGCUUCUGCAAGCAAUCAGUGAGGAGGGAUAGGGGGGUCAAAUUGAAAGAGGGCAUGGCGUUUCUGGGUGCCCGGCCCAGCAACCCCACCCUGUGGAUGGUGAGCCAGGAUGUGAGGAGCGAGGGGCACAGGGUGGUCACCCUCCAUUGCCGCAGGAAAGAGUCCAGCUACGGACAAAGGUCUGAGGAGGGUGUGCAGAGGGUCCUACAGGUGGACCUGGAAGUGGACAGCUUCCUGGGUCCACUGGGCAGCCGCUGGAUCACGUGGCAGGUGGAGUACCCGGGCAGCCAUGCCACCACGCAGGAGGCAGAGACGGAGAUCCGACUGGCCCAGAAGGACCUGGGGGGCAUUGUGCCCCUGGCCAUGGACACGGAGAUCCUGAAUACGGCAGUGCUGACAGGGAAGACUGUGGCUGUCCCAGUUAAGGUGGUGACCAUCGGAGCGGACGGCAUGGUCACUGACGUCUCAGAGGCAGUGGACUGUCAUUCCACAGAUGAAGAUGUGGUCAAGUUCGCGGAGGUUAUUAGCCCCUGA